CAAACGGCGAUCAUUUUCCGAACACGUGGUUGGCGCUUGGUCUACAGCAGUAACAUUGUUGGAGGGUUGGAGAACGAUCUGCUAAAGGAUGACCCGUCUCUAGGUGCUACCGCAGCUGCACUAGCCAAGACUGUAUGGAGACGAAAAAUCAGUACAACUUCUGGACCUAGCGUGGGAUUGGGC